GAUAGAAUGUAUUCCUGUGUCUAGCAACAGCAGCCAAUCCAUUAAAGAACAAGAACAUACCCAAUCAACAGACAAUUCCGAUCUUCAAAAAAUAUCCGAGUCAAUCCAACCGUACCUGGUCACCGGAACCCUUUCACCAAUCAAGAUGAGUGUCUCCAGCUCCCCAUCGUCCUCUUCCCCAUUGCCCGAGGGCUUGAAGCUCCCGGACAUGAUCAUCACUCGCCGGACUCGAACCCAAUCCAUGUCGGGACGGAUCCAGGAUCAAGUCCACCAAGGCAAAGUCAAGUUCUUUUGUCGCUCCAAAGGCCAUGGGUUCAUUGAUCCCUCCAAGGGAGGCAGCCCGAUGUUCAUGCACAUUUCUGACAUCGAAGGCGAACUCAUUCCGCGUAAAGGUGAUACCGUGAAGUUCCGAAUGUGUCCGAUGCCUCCCAAGUUCGACAAGUUCCAAGCCGUUCACAUCGAGAUUGUGGACUUUGUCCCGGAAAUCCAUCACAAAUGGAGCGAAAAAGAGACUCCCGAGGAGUUUGAAGAGGACCGAAAGGCUCUGGAAGAGGAGGCGCGGAUGAAGGAACAAAUGUCUGAAAAAGUGAUCAUGGACGUGUAA